AUGGAAACAGAUGAAUGGGCAGUUUAUUGUGAAAAUACAAUUCUUGAAAAGUAAUCUUUACUCAGCCUUUCCUUUCCCGUUCCAGCCUUAAUAACAGUUAAUGGCUCUAUAAUCGAGGAUAUUCAAGUCUUAUCUCAGCCUCUAUCUGUAAUUUUUACCUAGUUCGCAAAUAUUAAACUACUUUAUCCAAGUCUCACUAUUUUUUAUUAUGAAGAUUCUUACUUACUGCCAGGAUUGAUAGACUCCAAUGUUAAACUCAAUGGUGACUGAGAAGGUUGCGAAAAUGGCACAAAAAAUGCGAUUUCUGGAGGUGUAACCUUCACCUGUAUUGAAAAAAAUUUCUUCGGACUUAUUGAAGACUACAACGGAAAUUUAUUUUGCGAUUUAGGAUUUUUAGCCCGAAUUCAAGAUUUUUCUGAUUUAAAUUCUGUGGAUAAAAAAAAUGGCCAAUUUUUAGCAGUAAAGACAUAUUUGAACCCUCAAAGUAAAGAUGUUGAUAAGGUUAAAGAUGUUAAAAGACUUUUCAGAGAAAUAGAGUUGCUUGGCAUGCCAGUUAUUGUUGAUUGUGCGUUAAGUUACUUAAUUAACUUAAUACACUUAUUUUUCAAUGCAGCAUCCUGCCGUAUCCAUCCCGAAUUCAAAAAACUUGCUCACCAAAAAUGUUGGACACCAUCUUGCUAUCAAGACUGUCCUCUAAGCCCUAUAAGUUCGGAUUUCCGCAGUUAUCCUUUUAGAUCUCGGAUUUAACAACUUGCAUCCGUGUAGCACGCUUAAAGUCUAGUUUUCACUGCCUGGGAUUGGAGAUACACUCCCAGAAAUUAGAUUUUUAAAGGACAGGAGUCAUAUAAUAUACAUAUUAGGAAUGCUAUUUCCUUAUCAGAUUACCUAGAUGAAGCCAAAUCUCAUAAUCAUAAUUUUUAUGACAAGAAUUUAGUCGAAAGACCAGAGAAAUCAAACAUCGCCAUAUUUGAUUAUAAUUAUGCGUUAACAAAUGACAGAAUGCUGCAUGUAGCAUCUCCUUUUAGGACAGAACCAAUAGAAAAAAGGUCUGACUUUCGAAAUAGACUUAAAAGUAUUGACCACUUUUUGGUAGCAGUUGAUAUGGACAUAAAUGUAUGCGACUCAAAUUCUAGUGGAGACGAAAUAAUCGAAGAAAUUAAAUCCUGCAGAAAAGAAUCAACAAAUAGCGAAUGUUAUGAAGAAUUGACAAGGGCUGAGCUUGAUUCUUAUAGCUAUGAAAGCACUGAUUUUUCAGACGAAAAUUCAGUAACCAAGUGCAAGUCUUUAGAGCUUGAUAAACAUUCUACUAGAAGAAAUUCAAAAUUAGAUUUAUUUAGACCUCCCAGCCUGCAGAUGUUGGAAUCGCCAAAAUAUGAUGAACAGAACUAUCAAAUUUAUUAUCUUAACGUUCCUACGAAUUGUGAAAUUGCAGGAAUUGAUAAGAUUUUAGAAGUUUAUAAUGGAAAUCAUCCGCUUCAUUUUUCAAAUUUAUCGUGUGCGGAUUCUUUUCAGAGACUUAUAAAUGUAAAAGAAAUUUUAAGCAAUGUUACUAUAGAAACUUGUCCUCAUUAUUUAUAUCAUUUUAGGCACAUUUGACUUAUAUUAUAGAAAUUAUUUACUCCCCCCCCCUCCGUGAGUGAACAAAACCAUUAGAAAAAUCCCUAUUUUUUGCCCAAAAACCCACCCUCCGUGAGUGAACAAAAAUUUUUUUAGAAAAAAAAUUGAUAUAUAAAUGAUAAUUAUUAUAAUGAAAUCUAGAGCUAAUUCUGUUUAUUUUUAUCCGAAUUGCUUUUUAAAACAUAAAUUUUUGCAAAUUGAAUUAAUAUUUGCUUUCCAAUUUUUGCGAAUUAGGGUUUUUUUAAAUUUCGAAAAAAAAAUUUUUUAUAAAAAUUUAUAUAUAAAUUUAAAAAAAAAAAAAAUUAACCCCCCCCGUGAGUGAACAAAAUUUUUUUGUUCACUCACGGAGGGGGGGGGAGUUAGUAAUUUUAAAUAAAUAAAUAAAAUAAUUUUAGGAAUUAUUGAUAGAGAAAAUAAUAUAUUUUUCAAGUGAAAAUAUCCCUGAUAAAGAUACAAGAUUUAAAACCUUUCCACCUAUUAGAAACCAAAAUAAUCAAAAAUUUCUGGUAAAAUAUGGCUACAUGUCAUUUCGAUUAGGACUUUUUCUAUGUAAUUUUACUCGUAGACAAUUGAUCGAUAUUUUUUCCUUGUGAGACAUUUAUUCGAAAAAAGGUUAUUAAAUAUCCUACAAGGAAAAAAAUUCACCAAAUAUUCCUGAGGAAAUGUCGCACUAGCCAAAAUUCAGUAGGAAUAACAUGCGUCUAAAAUAUCUGAAACAAGAUAAAAUUGACAUCAUCUCAUCUAAUCAUAAUCCUAUUCAUCCAAAUUAUAAAAUGAUGGAACUUGGCCAAUUUAGAAGAGCUUUACCUGGGGUCAAUUGCUUGGGAUUUUCAUUGCAAGCUGUUUGGAGCGUAUUGAUGAAGAAAAAAUCCCAAAAUGAAGGAAAAUGGGCUGUGAAAAUUGCGAAAUGAAUGAGCUGGAAUCAAGCGAAGCUACUAGGAAUUGAAAAGUACAAAGGGUCUAUUGCUGUUGGGAAGCAUGCUGAUUUUGUGUUAUGAAAACCUAGAGAGAUAAAAGAAUUUAGAGAAAAUUAUUCAAAAUAUCCUGAAAAUUGUAUUUACUCACUCCCCCCCAUCCUUGAUCGAACGACUCGCCAUCGUUCGAUCAAGGAUGGGGGUUAAAACAAUUUUUUUGGGAAAAAAUUUAUAUAUAUAUUUUUUUUUUAUUUGCUUUUAAAUAAGAGGGUUAAGAGUAUUUAAUAAUUAUUUUUACAGCAAAAAAUUGAAUUAAUUUCAUAAAAUACCAAUUUUUUAAUAUUUUUAUUUAUUAGUUACCCUUUUAAACUGUAUAAAUUUUAAAUUUGUUUCUUAUUGAAUUAAAAUUUUUUUGUUUUAAAUUUUUAAAAGAAUCUCUAUUUUUUAGAUUAUUGAGUUUUUUUAAGCCUAGGUUGAUGACUAAAUCACUUCGGAUGGUUGAUUCCGUAGCUUUCUGUCGUCUUAAAGCUCUGAAAACAACUUCAUUAUGUACAUCUUCCCAAGCUUUUGAUCACUAAUCUAUUUUUAUAUAUAUAAAAAUUUCAUGAUAUGAAAAUCGUUCGAUCAAGGAUGGGGGUUAAUUUUCCCCAAUUUUUUAGGAAUUUUUACAGUCAAUCGUUCGAUCAAGGAUUUGGGGGGGAGUCAGGAAAAAAAUUGGCUGGAGAGGUUGAAGCAGUUUAUUUGAGAGGAAAACUUGCAUUCUAUAAAGGAGAGUUCUAUGCUCAUGGGAUUAAGAUAGAACCUUCAAUGAAAUAA